AGGGUGACCCUUUGAAAAUAAUAUUGUAAGGGAAAAUAUAACUUCAUGUACAGUAUUCUACAGCCCACGAAGUCGGUCACUGCCCAUGUCGACGAAUCAGUGUUUAAGCUGUGUUUUUAUUAUUAUUAAGCUUGCGUAUACCUAAUGGAAAUCAGUGUUGUUUGGCGUUUAAGAAGAAAUCCAACUGAAACGUUUGGCCGAUCAAAAUGAUAUAGCCGGACAAAUGACGAACUUGUGGGUCGUCUUCAGCUUUUGCGUUUUUCUUGUCGACGAGCAGACCGCGUUGAAUUCACAGAGAAAACGCGUCCCACGGUAUUCGGUGCAUCACCAUAAACGCUCCAGUGAUCCCAUGUACAAGUACCAGCCACACUUGGACCCGGAAGGUUGCGAAGAACCACCAACUUCCUUGUCGACUGUCACGACUUCUCCGUCGAUAGUGGGCCUUGGAUUUCCCACUGUAGACGUUCAUAAGUCACAGAGGGCCGUCGUACAGAAACCACUGUUACACAAACACUUAUUACUCGUCACCGGACAAGUACACCAAGAGUACAUUGGACAGUGCUCGAUGGCCGUACAAGCGCAGGACCUCAGCGACCUGGAUGCCAAGUUGCGGAUGUCUACGGCAGUGGUGGGGGAACUUCCGUUAAAUGAUUUUGUGGUCGUCCAGGUGGGCACCGGUUGGCGGCCGGACAUCCGCAUCUUAGAUGUGGUAGCCGAUAAUUUAGGCAACGUGUCUUUAUACACAGACAUUCGGUACUUAAGCAAGACAAUGAAUAAACAUUGCGGGGAAAUUGGUAUACAACGAUGCUCAUUGUUGACCAGUCUGACGCCGGUGCUGGAGCAACUAGAGCCGGCAAACGUGUGGCCCGGAGUUUACGAUCCCGACUGGAUACCGGUGCCCGCGCUGCCGCCAUUAUCCAGUGCCUUGUACGCGCAGUCCACAGAAAAGCAAAUCGAAUAUCUUACAUGGAGGCUUUGCGUCCGAGAUCGGCGGCACAACCUUUACUACAAACUGGACAAGGACUCGCCGCUAUCCGCCUUGAGUGAACCAAAGGAUGUGGCGGAGACGGAAAAUCCCGUAUUCGAAACGAGUUUAUCGCUAAACGAUAUCCUGCCGGUCAACCCUAAAAAUUACGACAAGAACCGUGCGCCUAAAGUGCAGGGCCAGCCGACUAUCGUUUACUUUCACGUAACGGUGCUAUCGCUGGACUCUAUCAACGAGGAAUCAAUGACGUACGUGGCCGACAUAUUUUUGGCCCAGAGCUGGCGGGAUCCACGGCUCAGAAUGCCGGAGAACAUGAGCGAAGAGUAUCGGAUAUUGGACGUGGACUGGCUGCACCAGAUAUGGCGACCCGACUGUUUCUUUAAGAACGCGAAGAAAGUCACUUUUCACGAAAUGAGCAUACCCAACCACUACCUCUGGUUGUACCACGACAAGACUCUGCUGUACAUGUCCAAGUUGACUCUGGUCUUAUCGUGCGCCAUGAAAUUUGAAUCGUAUCCGCACGACACCCAAAUCUGUACUAUGAUGAUCGAAAGCCUGUCUCACACAACUCACGAUUUGGUAUUUAUAUGGAACAUGACGGACCCGUUGGUGGUAAAUCCGGAAAUUGAGCUGCCACAACUGGACAUAUCAAAUAAUGUCACAUCCGAUUGCACAAUACAGUAUUCGACAGGAAAUUUUACUUGCUUAGCCGUCGUGUUCAACUUGCGAAGACGUUUGGGAUAUCAUUUGUUCCACACUUAUAUACCAUCUGCUUUGAUUGUGGUCAUGUCAUGGAUUUCGUUUUGGAUUAAACCGGAGGCCAUACCGGCCAGAGUCACGCUGGGCGUUACCUCACUGCUGACUCUAGCCACCCAAAACACCCAAUCACAGCAGUCCCUGCCUCCAGUAUCCUACGUAAAGGCCAUCGACAUUUGGAUGUCGUCAUGCUCGAUUUUCGUGUUCCUCUCUCUGAUGGAGUUUGCUGUGGUCAACAACUACAUGGGACCUGUGGCUACCAAAGUUAUGAAAGGUUAUUCAGAUGACGACGUUCGCGGUGGAGAUGAACUCAGUGAGUUGGACCCGAAGAGCCGAAAUGCUAUGAAAAACGUUUCAGCCGUAGCUGCAACACCACAAUACCCCACAUUCUGCAACGGCCGUGCCAUCGCCCUGUACAUUGACAAGUUUUCCCGGUUCUUUUUUCCAUUUUCCUUUUUCCUUCUUAAUGUCGCCUACUGGACAUCUUUUUUGUAAAAUAAAAAUAUACACAUAAAGUGGAUUUAUAUUUUAGAACCUAGGUAGGAAAAAAAACUUUUGUUGAAUUGCACAAACAAAAAAAUCAAUAAUUAAAUUUUUUUUAUUUUUCGAAAAAAAAAUUAAAAGAUUUUGCAAUUCUGUUUGUACCAUGGUAUUAAAUAAGUAACAACUCUUCUACGGGCUUUGAACAAUAGAUUAAAGAUAAUUUAAAAUACUGUGUAAUAACUCUGAUAUUAGCUAAUGACUACAUGCAAUGAAAAUACAUUAUUAGUAUCUACUUGUAUAAUAUAUAGUCAUUACUAUUUCUAUAGAACAUACAGACUCUUAAAAACUCAUAAUUUAUGUAAUUUUCCUUUUAAUAUAUAGCUAUUCAAGUGCAAACAUGGAUGUUCAAUUUUUUAAAACAUGGAAUUUUUAACUUUAAUAGGCUUUGGAGUUUUUUUUUAGUAAUAUGUUAACGUAGUGUAAUAGUUUUAACAAGUUCUUAUUUUUUAAUAGUCAUUUUUAAAUUUCUUUGAUAAGAUUAAACAUUAAUUUAAGUUUACAUUUGUGACAAAAAUCACAAACAUCGGUUAUUGAAAGUAAUAACUUGUUGACAUAAUUGUAAAUGGCAAUUGUUUUCAUGGGGUAAUGUUUUUUUUCAAAUGUUCAUAACUUAAUAGUUUUUAAAAUAAUAAAUCAUCAUAUCUCUUUUGCACAUUUUUCCACCUAAGACUUCAUUUAUAAAUCCACUUUGCAUUUGCUCUUAUUUAAACAACCAUUAUAAUCCUUACUACUAAAAUUAAAACUUGUUGCUAUUAUAAAA